UCCGGGAUUCAGUCCGGGUGCGGGGACGAUGUCGGAGGCGGCGGUGGAGGAGGGGCGAUGCUCUGCGGGGCCGGGGCCUGGGCCUGGGCCUGUCCCUGUCCCUAUUCCGGGGCUGCGGUGGGAGCUGGAUGCGCUCGUGUUGGAGCUUCUGGACACCCUGGAGGCGCUUCGGGAGCGGCGGGAGGCGCUGAGCGGCCGCGUGGAGCAGGGCUGGUUCUCGCUGUCCAAGGCCCGGUUCUCCAUGGGCUGCAAGUCGGUGUCGGCCCUGCAGUACGGAGCCCAGAUGGAGCCGCACGUUCGCGUGUGUGUCAGCGAGGGGCCAGAUGGGCACCUCAACUUCCAGAUCGUUCGUGAUGAUUUGGGUGCCCCCAAAGUGGCUGCGGAGCCACUGCAUGUGGAGGAGAUUGGACCCCAGGAUCAGGAGGAGGUGACAGGGCUGCGGCACCGAGGGAGGCGACCAGCGGGGGAGGCUGAGGCCCUCCAAAGGCCGGGGCCAGUGAAGGGGCCUGGAGGCCGUGACCCCCUCACCUGGUUCGGGAUCCUGGUGCCUCAGAGCUUGCGGCAGGCACAGCGCAGCUUCCAGGAGGGCUUCGUGCUGUUCGUGGUGCUGGGUCUGGGCUGGCUGGGGGGCGUCCCGGGUGCAGCCCCCCUACCUGAGCGCCUGGCCCUGACUGCCUUCUUCGUGGGUGCCCUGCUCUGUCUCGCCUUCUCUUGCCUCUUCCACAUACUGCAUUGCCACUCUGAGCACCUGGCCCGGGCCUUCUCCAGGCUGGACUACUGGGGCAUCACGCUGCUGACAGUGGGCAGCCUAGUACCGUGGCUGCACUACGCCUUUGAGUGUGCCCCGUGCCCUCGUUGCCUCUAUCAGGGGCUGGUCUGUGCUCUGGGCCUGGCUGCUGCCCACACCGCCCAUGGGCCCUGCUUCUCCACACCGCCAUACCGCGCAGUGCGCACUGUUCCACUCGCACCAGCUGUUCCACGUGCUCGUCGUGGCUGCCGCCGUGGCGCAUCUGCAAGGCUUGUUCCGCUUGCGCGGUCUCAGCGCCACGCCAGGGGGCACCUGCGCGCCGGACCCCGCCAGCUGAUCACCCUCCCAGCCCCGCCGACCAGUGGUGGCGCGUAGGCAGUCACCGGGAGCCAGUAGUCCUGCGUGGGGCGGGGCCCCUCUUUUAAAGGGGCCGCCCCUCCCGGUGAUUACGGAUUUACGGGGGUGGGAUGUUGUUAAAAGCUUUCUCGUUUAACCUCGCUGACUAAGGUUCAUUUUACACCACCCGACACCGAGUGACUGACCCUUCAAGAGGCCGGUUUCCUGACCCACCCACCAAUUCUUGGGGUCCUGGUCCUUUAAGAC